CUCGGACCGCAACGACAUCAAUGUUAAGACCUCCAACAAGAUCUUUCUAUCUCGCCUUCCGUUCGACCUCUUCCGCCAUGCGUAACCUCCAUGACGCCGGGAAUGCCUCAAGUGCCGGCUCGAACUCGAGUCAUGGACGCAACCCCAGCCAUAACCACCAGCCAGGAUCCGCUGCCUCUCAUCGGCACUCAGAACCAAAACACAACUACCACCGAAACCCUAACCACAGCGCCAACCCCGACGCUCCACCUCCACUAAUCCUAACCCUUCGUCUCUCCCCCGAUCUCGCGCAUACCCUAACCGCCCUCCGUACUCGCUACUUCCCACCCCAACAGAACCACCUCCCAGCACACCUAACCCUCUUCCACGCCAUCCCAGCCGACAAGUAUCAAGAUCUUGUGCGGGAGGUGGAAGAUGUCGCACAUAGUCUCCAACCCUUUGGCGUCGUGCUACAGCAUCCGUUCCUCCUGGGCGGGAGAGCAAAUCCAAAGGGAGUGGGGUUGGAGCUCGCUGCGCCUCCUCAGCUACGGAAUUUACAUGCUCAUAUUCAACAUGCGCCUAAGCUUAACCCGUACUUAACUCAGCAAGACCGACAACCCAUUCGGCCACACAUUACGAUCCAGAACAAGGUCGGGCCAGAGGAAGCUCGGAGAUGUUUUGAGGAGGUUAGGGGUGGGUGGAGAGACAUUGGAGGUGAGGGGCAGGGGUUGGAUCUGUGGGAGUAUAUGGGAGGUCCAUGGGUAUGGAAGGGGUUUGUUGGGUUUGGUGGGGGGAAGGGUGUGGAGAGCGAUGCGGGGCCGCCAGAAUAG